AUGCAGCUCCUCAAACUGGCAGCGCUCACUGACGGUGUCAAUGAGACAGGCAUUGUCUGCGUCACCCUAUGCCAGGGCAACGGGACCCUCAACAUGUCUAGGGCGGUAGGCCCCAGGGCCGAAAAAAAUGACCCUGUGGACUGCAGCUCCAACUGCUGUUCAAAGUUAGAACUGGUGGUAGUGGACAGGACUGGCAACGUAGAUAUGAACAAGAAGGUCAAGUUUAACAGAGGUGAGAUGGAGGAGAGGAUUGUGGAUAUCUACAUCAGUGCAGACACCCUGAGAGACGGUGAGACCAGCACCAAGAGAGGUGGUCUCCUUCGUCUAAAAAUGGACCAGGAGACCAGCACUCAGGAAGAGAGAGACCAGCUACAGACCAGUUACAACACCCUGACUGAAGAGAGAAACCAGCUACAGACAAGUAACAACAACCUGACUAAAGAGAGAGACCAUCUACAGACCAGUUACAACACCCUGACUAAAGAGAGAGACCAGCUACAGACCAGUUACAACACCCUGACUAAAGAGAGAGACCAGCUUACCAAUUGUAAACAAACCUGUCCUGAAGGCUGGCAGAAGUUUGAAUCCAGUUGGUACUUCCUGUCUACUGAGACUAAAACCUGGAAGGAGAGCAGACAGGACUGUUUGAAGAGAGGAGCAGACCUGGUGAUCAUAAACAGUGAUAUGGAACAGGAGUUUCUCUUCAAACUCAAGAAGAGAGUCUGGAUUGGUCUGACUGACUCUGUUAGUGAGGGGACUUGGAAAUGGGUGGACGGCACCCCACUGACCAACCCAAGGUACUGGAAUGACCAUCAGCCUGAUAGUGGAGAUCCUAGUGGGGAGGAGGACUGUGUUGAGAUACAUAAAGAUUGGAUCUUUCCACUUAAGGCAUGGAAUGACAUGCCAUGUGACUGGAAACUCAACUGGAUUUGUGAGAAAGUGGUUUAACAUCAUCCUGACAACAUACUGUAGCCUGCAGUGCACACAACUUCCUCCUUCAUUCUCUCUCUCUCUCACACACACACAGAUAGAGCCUCUGUCUUGAUCUCGCUCACACACUCUGCCUCAAUCCCAAACACACCCUUACACAGAUUUUCACACACACGCAAGCACACAUGCAUACACGUACACACACACACAUGCAAAUGCACCUAUUAUUGUAUUUGUUUGUAGUAUCUUAUUAAUAAAAGUCCUACUU